AUGUGGAAGUGUCGUUUUGAAAGGGCAGUCUAUACCGGUCAACAGCAUUUUGAGAUUACCUUGGCGAGAAACGAAAAAGAUGUCCCCGUGGAGGUUAGCAACGAAAACUGCUUGUCGAAUGAGAAAGCAAAGAAUGGUAUGGAACAAACAUUAUCCAGUGCUCGCACGAAAUAUGAAUACUGUGUCUUGACUGCUUAUGGCGUUUUACCUACCGUCGCAAAAGGAAUCGAUGGUGUUUUUUGUGCUAAAAAAGAAACAAAAGACCACCAAAAGGAAGCAAGGAAGGAGGAACCAGCAGUUGGUGUGUUCAUGAGCCGAGGACGCUCUGAUUUCAGUGAUAAACAGUAUAAAUAUGCUGUUUUAAAAGCCUACGGAUUUUUUUCCCGCUCUAAGGGAGAAUAAAUGGUAAAUUUCUUCCGCUUUAUCCGAAACUGUAUAUUUUUUUUAACGUUUGGCCUGCACUCAGAGGCAGCCCAAGCUUAGUAUAAGAGUUUAAUCAUAAAUAGGUGCGGUGGUCUGGUAUUGCGUAAUCCUCAAAUGACCGUGAAAAUAAAGGAUUGGUAUGGAAAUAAGGUAAAGAAUUCAAGAAGACAAAUACUUGCCGGAUUUUCAAUAAAAUGCACUCCAUCUAAUUUACUUUGUUUGUUCUUGCUUGCCGUGUGGGUAUUUUCCCGAUCCGGUGCUAUUUAACUUAAGCAUAAACUGCUAGGUUGCCUGUUCAGCUCUGCACAGCUGAAGCGGUUAUUUACCAUUUAAUUUUCACCACAGGUAUCCCAAACUCACGCGUGAGAAUCGUUGCGUGUCCGUAUGGGGAUUUAAGCGUUCGUUAUUUAGGGGUCAAAAAUAGUGAUAAAGAUACUUCAGAAUUUCUUACCUUGUAUCCUUGUUUAACUUUAUUGUGUUUUCUUAGCAUUUUUGGCCGUUUCAGGGCGAUUCCAGCGAGUUUUAGUUCUGCCGUAAUAACGAUCGCUUAAGUCCCCAUACAAGCCCUUAUAAUAUUUCUGGUACGCAACGAUUCUUACUCUUGAGCUUGGGGUACCUGUGUUUUCACAUGGACCAUGAUGCACCUUGUUUACCCUCCCCCGCCUCCCUGAAAAAAAAAAAAGAAAAAAAUUGCAUAACCAUAAACGAAUCUUAACCAUUGACUGUAAUACCCAGAAGAAAUUGGAAACAAUGGUUAAGCAAAAUUUUGGGUCUUAAACAAAUGCAUUAUGGCCUAAUUGAAAAUGGUGAAUUGAUUGGAAGCAAGGCUGCUAGCAAUGUACCAUAGACUGGGUGAGUUAUUGCCUACAUCUUUCAAAUAAUUAUGGGGCUCUUUCAUUCAACGAAAACGUUCGAAAAUUUGGGAACAGCGGAAGAUGGUGCAGAAAUUUCCCGGAAAAAAAUACCGAAUUUCUGAAAUGCGCACCAUUCAACCGAAAAUUCUAGAAAUUCCGGGAGCAAAGUUGAAUGGAAAGAAAACUUCUGGUACAAAAUUUUCGAACAUUUGUGUAUACCUCGCGAGGUUGUCCUCUCUUGGAAUUUUUGGAAAAUGCUGUUCCAUUCGCUACUGGAAGUAACCGAAAUUUUAAAGCGGCAUUUUGAUGAAUGGAAAACGCCUGUGGUGAGCGCCAACUGGAUAUGAAGAAUUAGCCGGGACUGGAGCCAAUCAGAAACGUCGAAAUAUUUUGAAUGAAUAAUAAAUGAUGUCACUUUAAGACACUUCCCGUGAGCUUACACGUGCGAUUUCUGUGUUGCUAUCGGCUUGCUACGUAGAGCCAGCGGUCUUUUCGCAGCGAGCGAACUUCUCUUAAACUACCACCCACAGUGCAAACAGGAUACCUGACCUAGUUAUUUACAUGUUAGGGAGUGCAGAAAGCACUUAAAAUUAUGAAGUUAUUGAGUAAAAGCCAAACUUUUUUUUGGAUGAACGUGCGAGCUGUAAUUUAUCGCCCCAUAUUUUGUGUGGAGAAGAGCCGACACCUGUGUCUUGCCUGGGUUUCCUUGUGACAUUACAUAACGAAAGUUAUUGUCUCUCACUGGCUCGUUGGUUGGAUAAAUAUCGAGAAAAUUUUCAGUAACGAUACAGUUAGAUCAUCUUGAGCAAAGUCAACUAACUUCCAAGCUAUUGAAAUGGCAAUUUCAAAGGGCACAGUUUGUUACGAUCCACAGCUUUUUGAGAUUACCUUAUCAAGAAACGAAAAAGAUAUCUCAGUGGAGAACAAGGAAGACCCCUUGGCGAAAAAGGAAGCAAAUUGUGGCAUGGAAGGACCAUCAUCCAGUGCUCGCGCGAAAUAUGAACACUGUGUCUUGGCUGCUUAUGGCGUUUUACCUGCGAUCAUCAAGGGGAUCAAUUGUGUUUAUGGUGCUAAGAGAGAAAUGAACGGCAAUUUAAAGGAAGCAAGGAAAGAGGAACCGUCUGUUGGUAUUUUCAUGAGCCGAGGCAGGCACCCUGAAAUCAGUGAUAGACAUUAUGAAUAUGCCGUUUUAAAAGCGUAUGGAAUUGUUUCCUUCUGAGGGAGUUUAAAUGCUGAAUUCGUUUGCCUUCAUUCGCAAGUGUAACUUUUUUAAACUCAUCGCAUUUUUAAAUGGACAGUGUGUAUGUGACGGUUAGAACCAUAAGUAUACAAAGUAUGUUCAUUCUUUUCCUAUGGACUUAUCGGAUAAAUCGUUUUUAUAUCUGUUCCUUUUCUUUCUGAGUGCAUGUUAAACUGAUUUCACAAUUGAAUUUUAUUAAUUGAGAACACUGGAAGUGAAUUUCUGGCAAUUGAAAUUUUCGCGUUUUUUUUAUUCUGUUUAUUACAUUGUUUUAUUUUUUUUCUAGCUUGCGAGCGGGCGGAAUCCUCCAAAUCAUGCAAUCUGAUUGGUUCCGAGAGCGGGCGGUUUUUUUAUGAUCUUUGUUUUUUGUGAAUAACCAAAAAAAGCUAUUUUUAAACCAUUUUGUUUUUAAAAACUUGCGCUGUUAUUAGCAUUGGCAAGGGUUGUUUGACGCUCAGAUUAUGAUAUUUAAAAAACCUUUCUUUAUACUAAAGGAGAGCUUAAUUGUGUUACUAUAUAUUACAAGCUAAAAAUCGUGUUGUAAUGUUUUGCUUUGGUUUGCAAUCUUCAACGUGCCCCGGUUCGAGUAGUCGCACUGUAACAGCCCAUAUUUAUUGGUUAAUUUGCUAUUGCAAAUCUCAAACUGUCCGAUUUGACCUGUCCGAUAACUAAGAGCUUCCCGGCCAAUCAGACAGUUAAACAGCCAAUUAAAAUCCAGGACAAAAUUGACUAGCCAAUACACACUUAAUGUCAGAUCCCGAGUCAAACAGGUAGCUUUGUUUUCCCGAGAGUUCUGAUGUUUCCCAAGACGAAGUCGAGGGAAACAUCAGGACUCGAGGGAGAACAAAACUAACUGGUUUCCCGAGGGACCUGACAUUAAGUGGUUUGUUAUAUUUCCAGACUUCUAAUUCAACGUACUUCAACAGCAACAAAAGAAUACGCUUUAGCGGAGCGAAUCAAAACACUCGACUCGGUACUUAUAAGAACACAAAUUUAAUUCUCAAAACUGCUGAAUGAAUUAUUUACAAAGUACUUUCGUUAUAUUAUCUGCAUCUUUUUCCUCCACUGGCUGCUAUUUCUCUUCUGGGAUAAUUUUGAAAAUCGUUGCUUUUUAGCUUGAGACUUCAUGUUUGUGUUGUUGUGUUCAACAGUGAUUCACGAAAAACAAAACUGGCAGUGUUUUUCCCGCCUUCUGUCAUGCCGCUUUCCACCAUGCCUUGAUCACGUGCUGUAAUGUAGCCCAAGCGGGGUACAUUGUUUAAUAGAGGAUGUUAGCAUCGACAACGAGUACGAGUUCUAGAACGAGAUCAGCGAUUUUGCUUACUGCGCAUCCGUUCUGCGCAUCUCCACGUUUUCAAGUCGUCCUGUCAAGUUGCACUACGACGAGUUCUGACCAAAAACUCGAAGUGGGUAGAACGACUUGGAAGAGCUGGUUUUCAAAGGUAAAUUCCGAUCGUUUAAUGCAGUUUCUUUUCGUUUCUUGCCUCUCUUUAUCAUCUUGAACCUUCCUUAUACCAUGUUUUAUGUAAAAUACUGCUUUUGAAGUCGAGAAAAAGCAACCGAACGCGAUAUUUCCUACACAGAGUAAAUUUGCAUUUACCCGGGAAAGUUUCAUGUCUCUCCACAGGCCUCACAGGCUCACGAAAUAACUCCUAAAAUUGCCAUUAUUUGGUCGAAAAUAUCCCAACAGUCGAAGAUAUCAAUAAAGAACACUUACUUCUUUAUCCAGUGUGGUUGUUGUGUUGAAUUUGAUGGGUUUUAACGUGUUUUAAGACCGCGACUAACCAUCCUUCGAGUUACCUCGAAAAAUCGGUUUUAACCUUGGUUAAAUUUUUAAGAGUCAUUUUUUGUUUUCGAAAUUGUUGUGGAAGCGCUACCUCGACUCAAAUUUGGCGCCCAGUCAUGCGGAAUCCCAUAAUUUUAUUGUCUAUAAACUCGAACUCGGUGUCAUCGCUAACAUAGAAAGCUGAGAAAACGACUUCGAGUACGAGUACGGCUUGAAGUCGUUCUCUUACUCGUACUCGUUGUUGAUGCUAACAUCCUCUAAUGUAUCACGAUCGGGAUACAUUUGAUUUUAGUCAAGGCCAUGUGACCAAGAAUCAGCCAAUGUACGAAUAUUGUUGGGAGAAAAUUGAUGUUGGUCACUCUUGGGACUUAAGGUUAAAACGUCGCCGUUAUCAGUGACUACAGUGCUAGUAUCUACUAUCUCGUGUUAUUGGUGGUUCGAAUCCGGCAUACGAAUCCGCAACUUUUUGAAUCCGCUCUCCAGAGUGGAAAUUUUUGAAUACGCUAUGAAUCCGGAAUCGUAUGAACGCUAAAUCCGGAUAUUUUUUUAAUCCGGUGACGUAACAAGAUCAAGCCCAGUUCUUUACCGUGAAUACUGUAUUCAAGAUAGCAACCUCGACUCAUAAAUGUGACUGAUGUGGGCAUAAGAUAAACCUAACUCCCGAGCGAAAUUUACUCGUCUCGUGUUUAUUUAUUUUUUUUAAAAUUUAUCAUUUCCCCAAACCGUGAACCGACUGAUUUGCCAAUGUGAAUGUUAAACAACUAACAGUUAAGUUUUUGUUUAAGUUUUUACCUGCUCAACUAACGAGUAAUACAUGUGUUGCAAAACCUCGCGUAUGACAGGUAAAUCGCCAGCAGAUAAAAACACGAAUUUUAAUAAAUCUUUCUUGAUUAAAAAAGUCGUUCUACGGUAUUUUUUGUAACGAGGGUGGCAAUUUGUAACAACUUCCUAACGCAAAUUGUAAUAAUUCUAUUUUUGCUCAUUUCAUAACAUCUUUUACGACAAGAUUUUAGAAAUGUAAAACAAUUUGCAGCUGGGCAUUGUUACAAAUGUUCUAUGGUUUCCUUGAGACCGCCUUGACAUUAAUUUAGUAACAUUAUUUCUUGUUCUUUCAAUUGUUUGUAUGUUGUUCUUGCGUCCGGACGUUGUUAAAAAUUUCGUAGAUCGACCAUUAUUUCCAAAUGCUGUUACCCUGAUGCCUAAGUUGUCGCAAAAAGCGUAAGUUAUUACAAAAUGCGUCGUUAUUAAAAAAUAAAAAAUGCCGAAGAACAAGCUUCCUUUUUUUGUUACUGAAAAGAGUAAAUGCUUUAGAGGUGGAACGAUAGCAGAGAAUAACUGAUCUUUCAUACUUCCGCAAGAGUGCAUUUUCAAACAAAAACAAGUGCGUAGCUCAUGGUUUGUUCUUUAUAAAUUGUUAAGUUAAUAUAUAUUUUUCUUCUCUUUUCAGUUAAAAAAGGAACUUGAGGCGUUUGACCCUGCCUUUUUUGAAGAAAUUUUUACAAUCAUGAUUAAUUACAGUGCGACCGGAAAAACCAUGAACACUUGAAAUAUCUCAGGAAUGUUUAUUGUGUUAUGACCAAUCACAGCAAAGAUCAAGACAUGCGAACUGGCCACAAAACCACAAAAAAAAAAAAAAAAAAAAAAAAAAUAAAAAAAAAAAUUUUGGUUUUUUUCGGGGUGCCGUGUUGUGUUCAUGGGGCCCCCGCGGGGGGGGGGGGGGGGGGGGGGGGGGCGUAACCAUUUCAAACACAUUUGAAGGAGGGCUAAAUAGAUAAGGGGGCGUAUUUGAGAAGGAGGCUUAUUUGAUUUGGCAAAGACUGUGGUAUCAGUCCUCCUAAAGAACUAGAAUCCAAAGUGAAAAGCUCAAGUAAAGGAAGGUUGGAGGUCAUGCAGCCAAAGUCCAAAAGCAAAUCCGAACUUCCAACAUGUGAACAAACCAUCCCGGAUCGGUCCAAUUGAAGUUUUACAAUCAUGAUUAAUUACAGUGCGAACGGAAAAACCGUGAACACUUGAAAUAUCUCAGGAAUGUUUAUUGUGUUAUGACCAAUCACAGCAAAGAUCAAGACACGCGAACUGGCCACAAAACCACAAAUUAACUAACGUUCUUGCUUGCGGUUAAGUUUUCUCACGCCUGAUUGGCUUUUUUCUUGCAACACAAUAACAUUCCAGAAAUAGUUCUGGUGUUCAGGGUUUUCCUGUUUGACUGUAAUACAGUCUAUCAUUUAUUGGUGAAGAAUAAUAAGGGGGUGGGGAGGGGGUUUAAAAGAGGAGGGGGCUUAUUAACUUUCUUCCCCUGAAAAGGGGGGCGUCUUAGAGGGAGUGGACUCAUUUCCAGGCUACAGUCGGUACAUUUGAACCAAGAUUGCCGCCUGUAAGGCUCGACUAUCUCACGGAAAACUGGAGACUGUGGACAGUCAAAAAAAUUAAAUAAAAACCAGACAUAUGACAUACCCAAAACUCCCAACGUGUCAACGAGUCAAGACGUUUAAAAUACUGGGAAGUUUGUUAGACAAUACCUAAACAUCGUCAUACUUACUAGCCCAAAAAUUUAAAAUUCUUUGCUCAAAUUUUAUUCAUUUGCGUACAGUGUACAGUUAUUUAUAAUAUGUAAAAUAAUGUAUUUUAAGUAGUUAUAAAUUAUUUAUAAAAUGUGAAAUAAUAUGUUUUCGAUCUUGUAUUAGCUUUUCUUUUAUUACUUAGAGAAGUGAAUCCACAGGUUAAUAAAUGCCGGCUCAAUUUUUGGGUUAGAGCGUCAGCAUUUAUAACGUAUUACGGUUUUAGUUUCAAGAGUUGACUGAAAAAAACAACAGAAAGGAAAGGAAAGGAAAAAACAAACAAUAAAAAAGUAAACAUAUUAGCCGAACCGCGAAUGUUAUUAAAACCUGGAACGGGAAAAUGAAAAAUGAGAUAGAUACACUGGGUUUUAUUGAGUUACUUUGCAGAAUAAACUAAAUUGCGCAACUUUUAAUACAAAUCUAAAAAUAUCUUUAAGCUAAGAAAAAAGAGAAAAUGAAAUACAUUACUAAUCUCUACGUUAUGAUGAAAAAUUUUAAAAUGUAAACUGCACGUCAUGAAUACAUUGCCAUAGAGCUGCUCUUGGGAACCAAACCUGAGGUUCAUUUUCAAUUCGCUGUUUUAUUCCCAUUAUUCAUUUUCCCGUUAGUGGUAGUUCACCGUCCGGGGCGGUGGUGUGAUAUGUGUGAUAUGUGUUGCUCCGAACACAUAUCUCAUUGGCUAAGAGCCACGGGUUAGUCAGUUAUCUGCUAGCAGAUAACUGAGUAAUCUGUUCGUUGGGCGCGCAAUGCAUGAAUGUCAAGAGCACUGGUAUGUAUUAUCAGCCUCGGCCUUUGGCUCGGCUGAUAACACUUACCUCGAGCUUGAUUAUUCCGGAUAUCACAAAAACCUCAUCCAAUAAUUGUUUAGUGCUUUCUGUUUCCCGUGCAGGGAAACAUAAAACACUUUCUGAUUAAAGGCGUAACGUUAAAAGCGCCAUUGGCGCAACAAUUACGGCUUAAAACAAAUGAAGUUUUUUUUAAAAGGGCAAAUACAAAGGAAGAGACGGCCGUGGAAAACCAAAAGAAUAUUAAAAGGGAUUGCAAAUGUGGUUAAUUUACAAACUUUUUAAUAGUUUUUCAUAGCUUAUGUUUUUUUCUUUUUACCUUUACAUUGGUUUGUCACGACACGCUGUGAUGAAGUCAUUUAAAAGUUAUUGUGACGCUGAAGCUAUGUUCCAUAGUGGUAGAGAAAACGGGAAAACCCAGGAAAAAAUGCCUGAAUUGGACUGUUAUGACCAAAGCCUUAUUCUCGAAGUCUCUGAGCCUGAAGAUUCAUUUGGUAUCAUGCUGUCUGAUUGAUUUUUUUUUCUGCCCAUUAUUAAUAAUUGAAAGAAUCACCUUUUCACUGGCUGAGGGCGUGAAGAUUUUAUCAAUAGUCCGUUUUCACCAUGACUACAACUCCAGAAUCAAUUUGGAUUUUUCUUAUGUACAUUUGAUAAUUACCGAAUAAGGUUUUAAGUGAACAAAAAGCGCACAUUACACAAGAAAAAUUAAACAACAAAUCCUGUAGAUUUCUGGUGGGCGUGUAACAUUUUCGUAUAAUGAUGAUCGAAUAACUGAAAAAAGGCAUGUGCAAUUGCUAUAAAAAUUUGUUCGUUGAAUCAGAAUGGGGUAUUCGCAUCUCGUCAUCAGUUACCUGGUACAAAAGAUCAUACUAGAGAGCCAUCAACACAGUAAAAUCUUUAAAAUGCUAAUUUUCUUUCACUGAGUCAAGGUCCCACUGUUUUGUUUACACUCCACAAGCAUGGCAUGCUCUAUUGUCUAUACUAAGCUUCGGUAAUGCUCUGCUUCACUUCACUGUGACAUAUUUAAGCACUCCCCUUCCCUUAUACUUUAUAAGGGAACAAAUUUGCCUCUCGAUCUGGCAUGUAGCUUUUUCAUAUGAAUUCUUUUUGAGCUUUUGACAUAAGGAAACCUCAAAAACUUCGGGAGGGAAAAUAUUUUGUACGCUAAUUAGACAACUCGGCUAUAGAUUUUCCUUAAAAACCUUUUCCCAAUUUAAUCCAUUGUUACGGUAUUCGAAGUCAUAAUGAAACGAUCUUAAUAAAACAUUAAUGAAUACCAGCUACCUGCGGCUAAUCAAGAAAAAAAAAGUUUGAUGAUAAAUUUUUGUUUCAUUUGUAGCAAACAACAGAGGAUGUUUGAGAAUGAAAAUGAAUAAGACGUAGAUGAAAAAUUAUACUUGAAUUCGAGAUAGUUCUGGUGGCCAUAAAAAUGACGUUGGUUUGAUGAUUCCUGCGAUUUAGACCAGAGGUAAAUGAGAUCUUACUUUCCAUAAAAUAUGUAUACUAUGAGUGGCUAUCUAAAACAUGUAUGGGUAAAAUCUUACGGGUUAAUCGAUUAUGUGUGUAAGUGUAAAAGUGAGAUACAGCACAGAUAUAUAUGUGGGUGUUAAAAUUGCAAUUGAUACUUCAAUUUCCACGAAACUGUAACUCAUUCUUUAUUCGUUCAGGUCCAUGAGCUCCAUUCUAGCGAUGUUUCGCGACAUUUUUUUUAAAAUAGUGACAAAAAAUCCUGAUAAUUUAUAGCUAUUAUUGGCCGGAUUAGGCCGAGUAUAUGAUCUGUAGAAUUAUGGCGGAUCGUGGAGGGAGUUAUCCGCCUAGGCCGAUUUUAUUCGUGCGAAAUAAUUCCUAGUUUAUAAAAAAUAAAAAUAACUUAAAACAUGCUUACCUUGAUGGAUGUUAAGUUCCAGUCUUCAAUUGCUUGUUUCUCGGCAAGCUCAGGAUAUAGAGUGAUAUGUUUAGCCUAGAAGAUAUUCUUUAAAUAACAGAUAUCAUCCGUUGAGCGCUAUUUUGCUGUUCUUGCUGUACGUUUAGGCACUGCAUUUUGUGCGAAACGUGUGAAAUAGUCUGCCAUUUCCGCUGCCCUACCAAACCAACGCCGCGUCGUCCCCAGGACUUCUCGAAUGCCGUCCCUUUUUCUGGCCAUUACCCUGUACUACUGACGUCAUUUCUCGGAUAUCGAAUGCAUUUUCAAAUUUGGUCAACACCAGCUGUAGCCUGAAAUUCAUCCGAUUGCUUCGAGUCGUUUUCUGUUACUGAGGGAGUAAUAACGACUCGAAGUAAUUGGAUGAAAUUCACCCUACACCAGCUGGUUAUAUUUGCAGAAGAAUUGGCCGAAACGGACAAUUAAUUUAAGUGAAUAAAAAAAGGAGAUAUCUUCCAAAUUUGGGCAGUUUUAUUUCUUGGUCAACUUAAAAGUUUAAAUAUGACCUCUCAUCCAAAGAAAAAAAAUACGACUAAAGACCGAGUGAAUAUUGACGGAGAAAUGCCGUUUUAACCGCGUCAGGACCAGUUCAGUCGGUAGAGCGCUUGACUGCAGAGCGUGAGGUCGCGGAUGCUUUCUACGGGGCCGGAUCAAUACUCAGGGUCUUAAAAUAUCUGAAUGAGAAGGUAUAACCAUAGCAUUACAAACAAGGCCUUCGUUUGGCUUGGAUGUAAAUGGCCGUACCAUCUCCAAAACGAGAGUGUCCUCUGAUGACGGUUGAAGUUUUUACAUUUUGACCUGACGUAAGAGUCCACUAAUCGAUGUUUCUUAAAAAUGUUGCUUUCCGAAAUGGAAGUUUUGGCUUGAUAACGGCACUUAACUUAGAGAUAAAAAGCGAGGAGAAAUUGAUCGAUUGACCUCAAAUUUGAAGCAGGGAACUUAUUUCUCAUUUUUUUUCUUUUUUAGCACCAUAACCGUCAAUUUGAUAUGGUUUCGACCGAAGCUUUAUACUUAAAUGCAAAAAUUGCUGACCUCAUUUUAAUAUAAACAAAUUGGAAAGUGUUGUUUCAGCUGUUCAGGUUUUUUAAUUGCUGCUGAGGUUUUUGGUUAUUGAGAGAUAAUUACCAUCAGAAAAACUUCAAGCGCUCUUCAAGUACGACUCAGAUUGCUACCCCAGAUCCGACUUGCGAUUUCGACUUCUGUGUGUUCCACAAUAAUAAUAAUAAUAAUAAUAAUAAUAAUAAUAAUAAUAAUAAUAAUAAUAAUAAUAAUAAUAAUAAUAAUAAUAAUAAUAGUAAUAGUAAUAAUAAUAAUAAUAAUAGUAAUAAUAAUAAUAAUAAUAAUAAUAAUAAUAAUGUUUAUAGAGGAAACUCCCAUCACAUAAAGUGUUUUUCAGGGAGGUCAUCUGACUAAGAUAAAAUAAUGUUAAAACUACUAAUAACAAUCAAAUCUAAAAAACUAGUGGUUAUAAAGUUAAAAGGCUAAAAAGGCUAGGUGACUAAAAAAGGCAAAAAAAAGUAAUAAAAAUACAAUCAGACUAAAAGAUUUAACUAUCGAAAAAACAAAGGCUAACGACUAAAAAGGAUAAAAUGAAAAUUUACAAAACUACAAUAUUUGGCUCUUAAAAACGUUUUCAGGUCCAGUUUAAAAAUUUUGCAAGGCAUAGGUUUCCAUACUUUUUUUCGAAAAAGUCUGACGCGAUCUGUGAUGUUUGAAGGCAAGUGAAAGGAGAUUAAAAUGGUGCUUUGCUAGUUUUUACUGAGCAGUCCUAGUUUCACCACGAACGCCACACAUCCGGAUUGAGAACACUAGGGUAGCCUGUUCCAGGCACCGAGAUAGUCGGGUUCGAGGGGAUUGAGAAACAAUUCGAAGCGCGAACAUGAAAAUAAAACGAGAGGAAACUUUCCGCGUACUUUUCACUUUCGCGUCUUCCGCACUUUCUGAGAGCCUGGAACAGGGUAAUUCUAGGGAUUAAUUUCAGUUGGCCUGUUUCCAGUUGAGUUGGCUUGCUGGCCCAUUUGUUAGAGUGCUGCACCGUUAUAUCGCAGAGGUCGGUGUUCAAAUCCCUGCAAGCCUGAAUUUUUCAUGCUUUCUUUUCGAAACUGCAUGAACUGAGUUAAAGCGUCUUUAACUACGAUGAUCUUCUUUACAUUUAUUUCUUCAUUCCGCGAUCCAAUAUAUGAAUGAAAUUAAUAUGUUCCUCAUUUUACUUGUAUUAUAAUGAAAGCAAAAACCUUUCAUUAUUUAAUACUUCACGUCUAAAUGCAUUCUGUCCAAAAUCUCGAAAAGCUAAAUCUUUCUAAUUUUACUUUAAUUAGAGUUCAGCGAAUUUUAUAACAGUUGUUUCAGGAAAUCUCGAAGGCAUUUAAGUCAAGAAGGACAAAAUUUGUUCAUUAAACAUCAGUAUUUUUCUGGCAAACGUUAAAACUCCGCUUGUGUUGAGUCACUAAAAGUUUUGUCUCAUCAUUUUUUAAUAAAAUCUCAGAGUGCUUUCAUGGAAUGGAGCCGUAAACUUGCACACAAAACUUGAUCCCGUUUUACCAAUUUUGCACUGAGGUUUGUAGCAUCCCCGUAAAGCACGAUCUACCAAAUAAAAAGCAAUUCUAGCCCGGCUGCAUUGCAGACACUCUAUAUCGCUUGUAUUUAUAAUCUAGACGAUGCGUCUGCUUUCUGCUGGACGGAAACUUCCAUCUUUCCUUCACAUUGGAGUUUUCGUAAAAUUUAAACUCAGUUGUCCGUGAAUUUUUAAGUUGUGACCUGUAAGUAAAAAAAAUUUGCCUUAUGAAUAUGAAUUCAUUCAAGGAAGGUGUUCCGAUUCCGGCGCAACCUGUUAACAUUCAGCGGAUGUUAAUUCAGAAUUAAAAAGAGGAAAUCCUUUUUGGCACUCAAUCGUCUGGAGUGCUUACUGAUUAAAAAAAAAACAAUAACAUAAAUGUUUACUUACACAUGUAGCUGAGGAUCUUCAAGUCGAAACGAAAGAAGAGAAAAACACAGACUUGAACUCAAACGGG